AUGGUCUCUACAAGAGGGGUACUCCUUUUGCUGUCAUUGAUGGCCGCAGUAGCCGCAUUUGGUCUCUUCUCGAGGCCUGCACCAAUCACCCGAGACACCAUUCGACCACCACGCACCAAACAAGGCUCGCUCAAACUGUUCCCCCAGCGAACUAACAUCCACUUCAACAACACACUUCCAGGCGGAGCAUCUUUCCUCGACGCUUUCAAUCUGAUCUGCCCAAUGCGUCGGCGACGCAGGAGUGUGUCUGAAAACUACAACGACGGUACCGGAAGUCUCCUGGGCAGAACAAUGAAUCACUGCUGUGAGAAUGGCUGCGAAUUCACCGACAUCUUCGCGAUCUGCAACCCGUUCGGAUAA